CAUUACAAAACUUGAACGGUGACCACAGCACCCAGAAAUCUCAUAUAUGAACGUGCUGGACGACGAAGUCGAGUCAAUUCUCUAUAUUGGUAGAGAGAUCUCAGUUUACAAGAUUCCUCCGUUGAAAGCUAACGAGGGACACCGUGCUAACGACUGGGGAGAUCUGGCACAACCACUGUGGAAAGGCAGGCUACGGAUUACAGAGAAAUCAAAUGUCGCAGCUUUGUUGUUUGAGGAUGCACAGACCGGUGAGUUAUUUGCUAGGGCAGAAUAUGACCCUCUGAAGCCAUCCGUCGAAGCUGUCCUCGAUUCUUCUCGAUACUUUGUAAUCAGAGUGGAAGAUGCGGGAAAGAAGGCUUACAUUGGGAUGGGCUUUGCGGAGCGCACUGAUAGUUUCGAUUUCAAUGUUGCGUUGCAAGAUUAUACUAAACGUUACAAAGCUAGCCUGAAUCCUCCCAGCCCUGCUUCGGAGACAUCGUCUCCUCACGUUCCCACGGGACCCAAGAAGGAUUACUCCUUGAAAGAAGGCCAAACAUUUUCCAUCUCCAUCCCUGGACGAAGUCAUAAGUCAGCCUCAGGCGCCAACCUCUUUGGAUCUGCAUCAGGGGGUUCUGGAAGUGCAGGCGGUGGGGGCAUCCCACUACUACCUCCCCCUCCUAGUGCACCAAGGAAAAGAUGAGGGUUCUAACCAAUCUCAUUUCCACCCGUUUACUCCAGGGCGAAUUCGCACCUGAUGUCUGUGGAACACCCUGUAUAAACUGUCAAUAUGAAUCAACGGAACUCAUUGG